GAUCAAUGGAAAGAGCCGAAGACAUCGGCUCGGUCAUGUGAUCAGCUGUGUACAAUCACAGCUGAUCGCAUGGGACAUGUACACUGAUCAUCAGGGCACUGAUGAUCAGUGUGCCCUGAUGAUCAGUGUAGCCCCAGCAGUGCCACCUGUCAGUGUCCAUCAAUGCCAGCUGUCAGUGCUCAUCAAUGCCACCUGCCAGUGCCCAUCAGUGCCACAUCAAUGCCGCAUAUCAGUGCCUACCAGUGCACAUAAAUGCCACAUAUCAGUGCCCAUCUGAGCUUCCUUUCAGUGCCACCUAUCAAUGCCAGUCAGUGCCAACUAUAAGUGCUGCCAAUCAGUACCACCUAUCAGUG